AUGUCGUUCGCGCCCUCCGCUUUCGCCGGCAAGGCCGUCGUGGUGGCCAAGCCCACCGCCCGCACGGGCCGCACCUCGGUGCGCGUGCAGGCCGCCGACCGCCCCGUGUGGUUCCCCGGCAACGAGCCCGCUCCCCACCUGGACGGCUCCAUGCCCGGCGACUACGGCUUCGACCCCCUCUCGCUCGGCUCGGACCCCGAGUACCUCAAGAUCUGGCGCGAGGCUGAGCUGCAGCACGCCCGCUGGGCCAUGCUCGGUGCCGCUGGCGUCCUCGCCCAGGAGAUCGUCAAGCCGGACGUCAACUUCUACGACGCCCCGACGAAGAUCGACCUGCCCUUCUCGAUCCCCACGCUCAUCGGCAUCCAGUUCAUCCUCAUGCACUACGUCGAGAUCCGCAGGUGGCAGGACCUGCGCAAGCCCGGCUCGGUGAACGCCGACCCCUUCAACCCCAAGUACAAGCUGCCGGACCACGAGCCGGGCUACCCGGGCGGCAUCUUCGCGCCCUUCAUCCCGGGCGACAUCGAGACGCUCAAGGUGAAGGAGAUCAAGAACGGCCGUCUGGCGAUGCUCGCCUUCAUGGGCUACAUCGCUGCGUACCUCGCGACCGGCAUGGGCCCGCUCGAGGCGCUCGGCGCGCACAUGGCCGACCCGGGCAAGGUCAACGCGUUCAGCUACGGCGCGAUCCCCUCGCCGGGCAGCUUCUAA